GAGAAAAAACACCGAUAGCUUUAUCAUAAUUGGUGGCUUCUUUCUACGCCUCGAGCGAGCGGGCGAGCGGCGAAGGGCUCAAUUGGGGCCGCGAGUGAACCGAUAUCCCCAUCAUCCGAAACAAGAGAUCCAUAAACCAAGUCUCUUUUAUCUUUUUCAAUUUUAUUUUCAGCUAUGGAGUCCAACGUCGCUUCCUCCUCUUCUUCUACCUUCGCCUCUCGUUCGCUUCUUCUUGCGGUCUGCGGCGCUCGGAUGAAUAUCAGCAAGAAGAACGCUAACCCCCAUCACCACCGUCAUUCUUUCCCCGUCCGAAAUCCUCCCGGUUGUCCCCUUGAUUUAUCAGGAGAUUUGAUGAGGAAAUCCAUCAAAUCCUACCAAGAUCAACGGAUGUACAAUGAUCGUGCAAUAGGGUCAGAGGUUCUGUGGAAACUUAAAGCCCAUAGUGUCAAUGUUGGCAAUUUUGCUGUCCCACUUCAGUGUGCAGCCUUUGGCUCUAAGAGAAGAACAAAAUUCUAUAAAACCAUAAGAGGUGCUGGUGAAACUUUGUUAUCUAGCUCCAUUCUACAGACAUCAUGGGGACUCAAGAAAAUACAUGCUUGGUAUGUACCAUCACCAUUCAGCUUUGGCAAUCUCGUGGGAGUCCAUGCCAAGAUUCAAACGCUAAUAAGUCGGAAAAAGGAAUUCAAGCACAAUAUCUGCAUUUUUUUCACUCGCGUGCUCAUCACUGCAAUGCUUGUCAUAUCAUUGUCGGUAACUAUCAAUAAGUCACCCACAUGGGCGCUUACUGAAGAAAAUCUCCUUUUUCUUGAGGCAUGGAGGACAGUGGAUCGUGCAUACGUAGAUAAAAGCUUCAACGGGCAAAGUUGGUUUCGUUAUCGGGAAAAUGCACUUCGCAAUGAACCAAUGAAUACACGGGAGGAAACAUAUAGGGCAAUAAAGAAAAUGCUUUCAACACUGAAUGAUCCUUUUACCCGCUUUCUGGAACCUGAGAAGUUCAAGAGCUUGCGGUCUGGCACACAAGGUGCUCUUACUGGUGUAGGACUGUCAAUCGGCUAUCCUUUAGUGCUCAAUGGAUCGCCUACAGGGCUUGUCGUUGUCUCAUCAGCUCCAGGAGGUCCUGCUGACAAAGCUGGCAUUGUAUCUGGGGAUAUCAUCUUGGCAAUUGAUGAUGAAAGUACAGAAGACAUGGAUAUAUAUGAUGCUGCUGAGCGACUACAGGGAACUGAAGGAAGCUCAGUAAAAUUAGUCAUUCACAGUGGACCUGAGAUUAAGGACGUGGUCCUGAGGCGUGAAAAAGUUACAUUCAACCCGGUCAAGACAAGGCUGUGUGAGAUUACAAGGUCAGGAGCAGAGAAAUCCAGGAUUGGGUACAUAAAACUGACAUCCUUUAAUCAAAAUGCCUCGGGAGCAGUCAAGGAUGCCAUAGAAACUUUAAGAAGCAAUGGUGUGAAAGCCUUUGUGUUGGAUCUCCGAAACAAUAGUGGUGGCCUUUUCCCAGAAGGAAUCGAGAUUGCAAAAAUUUGGUUGGACAAAGGCGUUAUUGUGUAUAUACGUGAUAACCGUGGUGUUCGAGAUAUUUAUGAGGCUGAUGGAAGCAAUACUGUUGCAGCAUCUGAACCGCUAACUGUGCUGGUGAACAAAGGAACUGCAAGCGCAAGUGAAAUAUUAGCUGGAGCACUAAAGGACAAUAGAAGGGCAGUAUUAUAUGGGGAACCUACUUUUGGAAAAGGAAAAAUACAGUCAGUUUUUGAGCUUUCUGAUGGCUCUGGAUUAGCUGUUACAGUGGCUCGGUAUGAAACCCCUGCUCACACUAAUAUUGACAAGGUUGGCAUCAAGCCAGACCACCCCCUUCCAACACCUUUUCCGACAGAUGAAGAAGAAUUUUGCAGCUGCCUCAAGGAUCCUUCCUCUCCUUGCAAUCUUAGUAGUUCCCAGCUAUUUUCGAGAUGACGGAACCGAGCUGCUUUUUGCCCAUUUUUUUCCUUUUUUUUUCCAUUCAUCAUAUUCAGUAAGAUUUGCUUGCUGCUGUUGUGAAGAUAAUGUGAUAUUCAUGAUAAUCAAUUUAUGUUUUCUUUUUCA